AUGGCCGCUCCCAAACCUUUCCGCGCUGAGCACAUGGGCUCCCUCCUACGUCCUCAGCGUCUUCUAGACGUUAGAGAGCAGAUCCGCGAGAAGGGCGUCUCCCCGGAGGACGCCGGUCUCGCCGAGGUCGAGACAGCCGCUGUCAAGGACGUGGUCAAGCUGCAGCAGGACCUUGGCUUCAAGGCCGUCACCAGCGGAGAGUUCACCCGCACGCGCUUCUGGGGCCUCAUGUGGGAUGAGUUUGUCGGCACCAAGCAGCUGCAGGACGCUGAGGCGAGCCUGUUCCGUCUGUACCAUCCCGACGUGGUGAGCCUGAUUGAGAAGGAUCGCCAGGUCAUGCCCGGCGAAUCUGUCAUUGCUGGAAGCAAGCUCUCUCACGACCCUGAAAAGUCUGUUUCCAACGUGCAUGAGCUGCGUCUCAUUCAGCAGUUUGUGCCCAAGGAGGAUUGGCCUGCCAUCAAGCUCACCCUGAUCACGCCUGCUUGGUUCCAUAUGCGAUACAAGCAGGGCAAGGCUUACACACCAGAGGUGUAUGCCAACGAUGAAGAGUACUUCAAGGAUGUUGCCAAGGUGUACCAGGCCGAGCUGGACCUGCUGUACAAGGCGGGCCUCCGCAACGUUCAAUUCGACGACCCCGGCAUGGCCUACUUCUGCAGCCAAAAGUUCCGCGACGGCUGGGCUGCCGACUCCGACAACAUCGGCACCGUCGACGACCUUCUGGACGCCUAUAUCAAGCUCUACAACGACUGUCUCUCUAAGCUGCCAUCCGACAUGCACACCGGCAUUCACCUCUGCCGAGGCAACUUUAUCGGCGGCCGUCACUUCGCCGAGGGUAAGUACGACAUCAUCGCCGAGAAGCUGUUCCGCGAUCUCAACGUCAACACCUUCUACCUCGAGUACGACACUGAGCGCGCUGGAGGCUUCGAGCCCCUUCAGCACCUCCCGACCAACAAGCACGUUGUCGUCGGUGUGAUCAGCACAAAGUUGCCCCAGCUGGAGGAUAAGGAGGAGAUGAAGAAGCGUGUUCUGAGCGCUGCGGAUUGGGUCGCCAAGGGUACGGGUGAGACUCAGAAGGAAGCUCUGAAGAGGAUUGCUGUGAGCCCUCAGUGUGGAUUCAGCACCCAUGAGAGUGGGUAUCCUCUGAACGAGGAGGAGGAGAGGAAGAAGCUUGCUUUGGUUAGGGAGAUUGCCGAUGAGAUCUGGGGAGAGCCUUGA